UUAUUUAUUAUUCGUGUGACUGCGGCGACGGUUUCUCGUGUGUUUCUCGGUGCUCCGUCCGCUGCAACAGUGCGGUUCGUAGUUAGUACAGAAGAAGUGUUUUGCAGCUCUCCUCUGCUGUGAGGCUCAUGCUUUGUGAGGUGCAACUUGGUGCUCGUUUUAUGCUGAGUGUGUCUCUGCUCUGUUUCGAAGGCGACGGCGAGUUGGACUGUCCGCGAGGUGUGCAGCAAAAAAGCGCAAACCAAUUCGAUUAUAUCGCCGAGUACUUUUGCACCUUAAGCAAGGCCUCGAAAAGAAAUCGCCACAAGCAGUAAGAAGUGGCCGCGGUCCGUGCGAUUUUUGGGGUGUUGAAUUACCGUGGCGCAAAUAGAGGGGAAAUAAAAUCCCCAAAACAGUUAGAGAUUUCAGUCGUACAAUUGGCAUCCGCGCGCCUACACUCGAAUCGAAGGCGGGUCGUGCGGUUCACGACUUAAUUCGGAAUGAGUGAUCUGUGAGUGAGAACCGAAAAUUGGCGGAAAAGUGGUGAUGCGAAAUGAAUUAACAACGGUGUGACGGUGAUUUGAUCGGUUAGUUAUUUUCUGUGAAAUGAGAAAGAAAUAAAUGGUGGUGUAAACUGAGAAGGUGCUAAAGCUUUAUUACGAUUUCUUCGACUGCAGCAAAAUGAAGCAUCGACAGAAAAUAUGAGAAAAUAAGUUGUUUAGAGUGAGGAAUCGGUGCUCACGUGUCAGAUGAUUGAUGCUGCUUGCUAAGGUAGAAGAGAAGGUAGUGAUUAAAAUUAUUAUUUUUUGUGCCCGAAGAUAAUUGACCACUCCGAAAAAGUGUUGCGAGUACGCAAAGAUAUUAUGGACAGUGCAAUGGAUUCGGCAUCGACGGCCAGUGAUCACAGUAUAGCGUCAUCGAACGACUCCCGCGGACGCAACCUGUCUUCUCCAGCGAUGCCCCAUACGCACAACGGUGGAAGUCAUGGCAUGGACAAAACUCGGACUCCGACUCCGGUCAGCCCGGUGCACAACAGCCACAACACAAGUCUGAACCACGGUUCCGGACGGCAGAUGGCCUCCAGUCCUUUGGGGGCGACGCCACAGCAAAUGAUGGGUAUGCCACAUCCGUUGAGUCCGCCACAUGUGUCGACGCCCAGUUCGAUGGGAAUGGUUGGAAUGCCGCCUCGGAUGGCGGGCAAUCUAACGCAUAUUCCGCCACACGGACUCGGUCUGCUGAACUCCUUCAUGCACCAUGCCAGUCCGCUGGAUCUGAUGGCCGCGGCUCAUCAUCAUGUCCCUCCCCGAUCGUACAACAGCCCGCCACCGAUUUCCAGCUCCGACCCAACGGCCAACGAGUGCAAGCUGGUCGACUACCGAGGCCAGAAAGUGGCUGCCUUCAUCAUCCAGGGCGAAACGAUGCUGUGUCUUCCGCAGGCUUUCGAGCUGUUCCUGAAGCAUCUGGUGGGUGGUCUCCACACGGUGUACACCAAGUUGAAGCGGCUGGACAUCGUCCCGCUGGUGUGCAACGUGGAGCAGGUGCGGAUACUGCGCGGUCUUGGCGCCAUCCAGCCAGGAGUCAACCGGUGCAAGUUGCUGGCCUGCAAGGACUUUGACGUCCUGUACCGCGACUGUACCACCGCCAGAUGCUUAUCGAUAAAACCACCUGAGAGUAACUCUCUGCUAUCGCACAGCUCUAGGCCCGGCAGACCCCCGAAACGAGGCCCCGUGGGACUUUCGAUGCCGGCGUCGCACAUGUCGCAUCAUGCCGCGGCUGCCGCAGCCGCCGCCUCGCAGAUCAAAAAGCACCGGCUGGACAACGGCGAGUUCGUGUACGAGAACGGGCAUCUGAACGGAUUAACCAAUGGAAACAAGCAUGAUUUCUACCUUAUAUCUACUGGAUCCUCAGAUAUCUCACGGCUGGACAAGUCACCCCUACUGGCCAAUGGAUACAACGCUCCCCCGACGCACUUGAAUCACAUUCCGUUCAUGCAAAUGAAUCCUCAUCCCGGCGGCGCCCACCCGCUGAUGAGCCCCGGUGUGAACCCGCACGGAAUCCCACGGCCCGAUGGGUCAAUUAUCAAGGGACAGAACAUCCCCGGAAUGGAGGCUAUUGCGAGAGCUGCGUAUGAGGACAUCGUCAAGCAUUUGGAACGAUUACGCGAAGAGCGGGGUGAUGACAGGACCGCCGGUCUCGAUCAAAAGCCGCGAGAUCUCAGUUCCCAAAACGCUCCUCCGCCAGAUUCGCCGAACGGUGCCAGCCCGGUGCUAAAUUUGUCUAAAUCCGGCGGUGAUCAGGCCAGUGGUGGCGCCCCCAGUGAGCGAAGCAAUCAAAACUCACCCGAACCCUCGGUGCACGAGGAGGACGAAAACAUCAGCGAAGCCAACAUAUCGGACACGGAGGAGCCCAACGAGAAGGAAGAAGACAUUAGCGACUGCGAGAGGGACAUCUCGUCACCUGUUCCGGCGACCGUUCCGGUUUCGCAGGACAUGGACAGCCGGCAGCAGGCGCUCAACUAUUCGAGCUUGGCGGCGACGGCAGCGGCGGUGGCUGUUGGCAACGUACCGACGGCACAGGAUCCAACCCUCUCGUCGACGGAGACCCUGCUGCGGAACAUUCAGGGCUUGCUGAAGGUGGCGGCCGACAAUGCGCGGCAGCAGGAACGGCAGACGAGCUACGAGAAGGCCGAACUGAAGAUGGACGUAAUUCGAGAGCGCGAAGUCAAAGAUUCCCUGGAACGCCAGUUGGCCGACGAAAAACGACUCCGAGGGCUUUAUCAGAAACGAUUUAAGAAGGAGCGUCGAUUGCGAGUUCAACUGAAGGAACGAUUAGAUGCCGAGCGGAAACGUCGCACCCAGCUGGAAGAGAUUAUCAAAGCCUCCGGUGCGCCUGCCGAAGCGCUGCGGAUUAUCGCCGAAAACAUCAACAACGACCAGCAGCGCGAGAAGGAGCGGGAACGGGAAGCGGAACGGGAGCGGGAGAAGGAACGCGAAAAGGAUCGCGAGCGGGAAAAGCACCGCGAUAAGGGCCGGGAGGAUCGGGAACGGAACGAUUCGGACCGAAUGCGGGAUCGGGACUCCGAUAGGGAGCGGAGUCGAGAGCGACACGAACGGGACCGGGACCGCGAGAGGGGUUCCUCGGUGGAGCGAUUUUCGAAGGAGGGCAGCCCGGUGGCGUCCCGAGGGGCCAGUCAGGAGGUUUCGCCACCCCAGCCCCAGGUGCCGGAGGGUAAACCGUGGAACUACCCGGGACUGGACAUCAUGGCGACCGGAGCCUUCUGGCAGAAUUAUUCCGAAUCGCUCGCCCAGGAGCUGGAACUGGAGCGCAAGGUGCGACAACAGGCGGCCGAAGGCGAUGUCAAAGGGCCACUUCAAGAUCGUUCCAAUUACUACAAAAACUCCGUACUGUACAGCAGUGCCACUUAGUUCCAGCAAUUAUGGCUAAUCUUUUCAUCGCACUCGAUGGCGACGAGCAGCGGCAGUGGUGGCGUCCCUGCACUCGUUCUCGGUCCUCUUCUCCGGCAGUUACUUCUACUCCUCUCGCAGCAACCCAUGGCGUCGUCGUCGUCGUCGUCAUCAUCGUCGGACAUCGUUGCCAUAGCGUUGGCGUCAUGGCCAACUUCGACGCUGGGAAACCUGUAUGUGCAAUUAUAUUACUAAGAGCUAAAUGAGCAAGCGAACUCGAAGGAACGCGCACGAAUGAAGAAAAAACGAAAAACAUUUAAUUCGAAUUCAAUGCAAGAUAAGUGAGUUCAUUCGUUGCAACACGUGCAACGAUAUCAUUUCCGAGGCUCUAUACCUUUAAUUUACUUCUCUGAUUGAUGCCAGGCGAUGUACAGUGUUUCCUGAGAAAAAAAUAUGUGAUCAUAAAUGUUUUAUCUUUGAUUCAGAAGGUUCGUUGUAGCACUUUCCCACAUGAGAAAAAAAAACGUUUUUAAUCAGUAAUUUAAAAAUUUCAGUCAUUAGCUUGUUGAAGCCAAAUUUUUGGUUUAUGACACAUAAGAAACAAAACUGCUGUACAUCAAAAUACCGCAUCUUUCAAAAUCAUAUCUGCAAUGUUUGAUAAUUUUCAUGAAAAAUAAUAAACCUUUUCCUUACUACUUUGAAUUACACAAAACUAACACCCCAGAAGAUAGAUUUUCAGAGAUAAAACAUUUUUAUCACAUAUUUUGUUCUCAUAAAAUAUUGCACGAUGAACAGGAACCAUGAUGACCAUGGUAUGUAAUUAUGAACGAGCAUGUAUUUAUGACACUUUUAUGACAUUUGAUUUAAAAUCAGAAAACUGAAACAUGACGCAAAUUAGAAAUAGAUUAGUUCGGCUGUCAAGAGGCAACAGUAAAUUUACAUUUACUGAAUCAAAAUCAGCAGCUGUGAAAUCCAUUUACAGCUUGUCUAGAUCCGGAUCUCAACCAAUUCAAAACUGCACGCUGGAGAGAGAAGCAGAUACGAUUUUUACAACCUUCGUUUAUUAAAUAAAGUUUUUCUGUAACUUAUUUUAGAAAAAAAAUAAGAUGUUAAUGAUGUUUAGUACAACUGAAGUAGCACAAAUAUAUUUUGUUCCGUUCAGCCAAAUCAGGUGAACGGAAACGUGUAACAGCACGAUGUAAACCUUGAUUUCUUAAUAUCUUCAACUGUCUGAUUGAGAAAAGUAAAACUUUUUUAUUCGAUAAAAGCCGUACUGUAAAUGAAAUUCGCAACACUACAUAUUUAAAAUCGUACUUUAAACAAUGUGAAUAGUUUCGUGUUUUUAUGAAAAGAAUCUUAACUGUAGCAACAGUAAGUGGUAGACAGGAAGUCUAACAACUUACGAACACACUGAUAUGAGAAUACAACAAACGCACUUAUAAUCGAACAAGCAUCAUGGAGGUACUUAGUAUUUUUCCGAGUUAGUUUCUUCCAGAUAAAUCUAUGUUUAUAAUCAAGCAUUAGUAAAUACAACCAAGUGAUAGUGAUCGUUAGCAUAAAACCAUCUCGGGAAAGCAUACUUUUUAGUUUAUCAUCGGUAACACUGCUGCAUUAGUUCGUGUUUUACUAUAGACUAGGUAGCCUUAUUUAAAAUCCUAAUUUUGUACAAAGAUUAAUCAAUUGUCGAGCAAAAGUAAGCACACACACACAUACAGACAAGCUAAACACAGAAUCACCCCCGCAUACAAAGAGCAUUGGGAGAUCCGUUCUCACUUUUUUAUAAAUAUAUUUCCCCUCCGCAUUUAUAUGUCAAACCAAAACAGCAACCAAGCGCAAACAAAUCGUGUCGACUUUGACUUUUAUUUAUUUUUUCGUAUUUUAAAAUACACUUAGUAAAACAACAGAAAUCAAUCGCUAUUUAUCAAGCAUAUAUUGUAUCUAUACAUGCAUAUAAAUAUUAUCGUAAAUGAAAUAAUUAAUUCAACGUAGAAACAAGGAGUGGUUGGUGGUAAAAUAUGGCAACAAAUAAUGAUCAGAUAAAAACCCAGACCCGGUGACACGUUUAAUUAUUCGCAACGAAUAAUUUCUGUUUUUCUAUGUAUGUAAGGGCUUAUUGUUAAUGGUGAGGAAAGAAAAAUACAUGAAAAAUCAACCUGGUAAUUAAACAGACAGCGAUGCAGCAUGUUUGUGCGAUAAACGAGCAUCACUCACAGAACCCAAUAUUCAAUUGCAGAAAACAAACAAACAGUGAAGUGGACGUUCCACUUUUUAAUUGCUAAAUUGACGAUAUCGAUAUGAUAAUACAGAUAAAAACCCACAUAGCGAAUGGCAACUGCAAAUAAACAGAAUCAAAAAAACAUGAAUGAUAAACAAUCUGUAAAAUGGAAUGCUCUGUGCUAUUUAGAAAGGUCAAAUAAAAUACCAAAAUACAAAUAGAUAA